AUGGCCCUAAGGAUGCUCUGGGCUAGACAGGCCAAAGGGAUCCUGGGAGGCUGGGGGAUCAUCUGUUUGGUGAUGUCUCUAUUCCUCCAGCAUCCAGGAGUCCACAGCAAGUGCUACUUCCAAGCUCAAGCCCCCUGUCACUAUGAGGGAAAAUAUUUUACCCUCGGUGAGUCCUGGCUCCGCAAGGACUGUUUCCAUUGCACCUGUCUGCAUCCCGUUGGUGUGGGCUGCUGUGACACGUCCCAGCAUCCCAUCGACUUCCCCGCUGGGUGUGAGGUACGUCUGGAAGCAGGAACCUGCCAAUUCUCCUUGGUGCAAAAAUCUGACCCUCGGCUGCCCUGCAAAGGCGGAGGGCCUGACCCAGAGUGGGGCUCAGCUAUCACCCCUGUUCCUGGGGCCCCUGCUCCCCACUCAAGCUAA